GGAUAGGGACUGAUGAGUCGAGGCCUCGAGGGGUUUGGAAGGAGCGGGAUGGGGACUGAUGAGUCGAGGGGUUUGGAGGGAGCGGGACUCUGCCUCCAGUUUUUUUCCAAAUAAGAACCUCUUCGCCAUCGCUUCCUUUCUCUUCGCGCCCGAACCGAGAAGAAGACGAACGUCGAGGCCGGGACUAAGAAGACUCUCACCACGUAAGGAAGCAAGGAUGAUGGUGAAGAAGGAGCUCCCCCAUUCAUGGUUAUUCGAUAGCCACAACAAUUCAAGGCAAUCUCCGUGGUUGUUAUCGACUCUUUCUGACCUGGAAGAGAAGACCAUGCAAAUGCUGAAACUGAUAGAUGAAGAUGCGGAUUCAUUUGCUCAGCGUGCAGAGAUGUUCUACAAGAAGAGACCCCAACUUGUAAACAUGAUUGAGGAUUUCUAUCGAACUCACCGUUCAUUGGCUGAACAAUAUGACCAGCUCAAGUCAGGAUGUGGAACACGUUGCAGCACAUCAUUUGGUCCCUCUGUCUUAGAAAAAGGAUGGUCACAGAAGGUAAGGAACAGCUCAACAGAGGCGUCAUCAGAGCUUUCCUCAGAUUUUCUUGAUUCUGAGGAUUGUGAAGUCAAUGAUCCUGAACAAGAAGCUGAAGUAGGGAGCAAGCUGAGAGAGAUGCCAGAUGAGAAGAGUGACUAUGAUGUGGUGAAGCAGAUGAGCGAAGAACUAGAAAGACUAAAACAGGAGAAUGCAACUCUGAAGGCUGAGCUAGCAGAGAAAAUGGAAGAGAAGAGGGAGGUCAUCAGACAGCUUUCUUUGCCCUUGGACAUCCUAAAGGAGGAAAAUGCUGAUUUGAGGAAGUGCAUCAAGGACGCAAAGAAUAUGGGUUGCCAUUUUGCAUUCAAGAAGCUUGCCAAGAAAAUAUUUUCAUGUAAAUUGUUUACUGGAUUCUCAAAGCCUCAGAUUACAAUUGUGGCCUCCUAAUGAUUACUCAAAUGCGAUCUAACAUUUUUUGAACUCUUUAUAACAAUUUUAUAGGGUUAAGAGUGUGACAUUUUCCUUGCUAGGCUUGAGUUGAAGCAACAUGAUUUUAUAGAGAUUCAUUGUUUUAGCAAUUCUUUUUAUGUAUACUCAAGAAAUGUGAUCUUCUCUAACAUUUUUUGAACCUUCA